AAUCAUCGGAAGAAAUACUACGACUACGACUACGAAAUUCGGGGACGAGGAGCAAAUAAUCGUGACGCGAUUGAUUCACUUCGGGUGCACUCAUAGCUACCAAUCCGAAUAGAGCACUCGCACCAACGCAACGCAACAGCAACAGCAACAAGAAGAACAGCAACAAGAGCAACAAGAAGAGCAACGGCCCUAGGAUGUCGUCCACUGCCGCCGAACAACGCGUGAAACGGCUCGCCCGCUUGGCGUCCAACACCGUGUGCGCCAAUUGCGGCACCGCGAAAAAGUUUGGCUUCUCCACGGUGUGCAUCAAGUACUACACCUUUGUCUGCAACAACUGCAAAUCGAGCCACCAGGCGAUCAGCCACCGGUGCAAGUCGCUCACCAUGUCGAGCUGGACCGACAAGGAGGCGGACGAGCUCGAGUGCAGGGGCAACGACUACGCGCGGCGCACCUGGCUGAAGAACGCCCCGCCCAUCGGCCAGGGMGGGAGGCCGAAGGAGGGGGACCCCGUCGACGUCUUUAAGCGGUUCGUGGUGGACGCCUACGAGCGCAGGAGGUACUACGGCGAGGACGACGGUGCCCGAGCUGGCAGCAACAACAGCAACAGCAACAGCAGCAGCAACAACAGCAACAGGAACAACAACAACGCAAGUAGUGCCGGCAGGCCCGUGGUUCCAAAGCCGAAUCCCGCGGCAACGAUACGGGCACCCGCUCCCAGGGCCGCCCGGCCACCGCCCGCGGCCCCUGUGGCCGACCUGCUCGAUUUCACGUCGGUGUCCUCCGCUGCCCCACCGGCAUCCACAAGCCGCCAACCCGCCACCGGCAAUGCAGCGGCGGCGGCGGCCACGAACCAUGCUUCCUUUGAGGCCAAUUUCGAUGCCUUUGCCCCGGCGGUGGCUCCCGCUCCCGYUGCUGCCGUGCCCGCUGCCACGAUCCAGAACGAUCCCUUUGCCCCAUCCGCGGCGGCGGGGUCUGGCUUUGACUUUAUGAACACCACCAGUACUACCAAUACUACCACUACCACCAACAGUUUUUCGACCCCGGCACCGGUGGCAGCAGCCCCAGUAGCACCCGCGAUCAAAAAACCCAUAAUGAACAGUGCCAACCGGAGCCAGCAAUCGUCSAUGAUAUCCUCCAUGACCAUGCCGGGUCAAAACAACAAYCACCAAGGAAAUCGCAACAACAUGAUGAACGGGAUGGGCAACGGCAUGAUGAACGGAAUGGGAAAUUGCAUGGCCAUGGGAUGGAACAAYACCAACACCAACACCAACUCUAGCAAUCAAGGUGCGUUUGKAGGCAUGGGCAAUCCACAAAUGAUGCAACAACAAAUGAUGAUGCAGCAACAGCAGGCCAUGAUGAUGAUGCAACAACAAAYGAAGAUGGCGAACGGCAUGGGUGGCAUGAUGGGCAACAACAACGGCAUUGGCGUUGGUAUGAUGAAUKGCAUGAUAAAUGGCAUGGGCAUGGGUAUGAGCAAGAACAACAACAACAACAUGAUGUCGAUGAACAAUACCAUGAUGACCGGSAACACCAUGAACGCCUUUGGUGGUAUGAACACAAACGGCAACAACGGGAGCAGAAAAUCGAGCGGUGGCAUGGACUGCUUGCAAAUGAGCUCGUCCUCCAUGAAUGCGUGGAGCUCUGGCGUUAACAAAUAAUAAUAAUACUACCAAUGACAA